GGCGGCAUCACGGUGUCCACCGCGGUGAGGUUCAACGUGCUCACCAACUCCUUCCCGCCCUCCGCCGCCGUGUUCGCUCAGCCCUACAUGGUCGACAUCGCCCGGCACCUGGCCAGCACCAGCGCGCCGCUGCUCGCCAACGUGUACCCGUACUUUGCCUACAGCAGCAACCCGAGGGACAUCAAGCUCGACUACGCGACGUUCCAGCCGGGCGCGACACCCGUGAGGGACGCCGGCACCGGGCUCGUCUACACCAACCUCUUCAACGCCAUGGUCGACGCCAUGUACUUCGCGCUGGAGAAGGCCGGGGCGCCGGGCGUGAGGGUGGUGGUGUCAGAGAGCGGGUGGCCGUCCGCCGGCGGCCUCGCUGCGACGCCGGAGAACGCGCGGGCGUACAACCAGGGCCUCAUCAACCACGUGGCACACGGCACGCCCAAGAAGCCUGGACCCAUGGAGGCAUACGUGUUUGCCAUGUUCAACGAGAACCAGAAGCCCGGGGCUGAGACAGAAAGGCACUUUGGGCUCUUCUACCCCAACAAAACGCCGGUGUACCCCAUUAAUUUCGCAGGAGCAACAUUGGCGGCGGCCAACCACACCAACUCGUAUGGAUUCGGUGGACACUAGAGAUUAAUUGAUGCACGUUUACUAACAUAAUAAUAUGCUUGUAAUAAAGAGAAUAAAAAAUAGUAUGGAAUAAAUUACGCAUACU